AUGCCGAGAAACGAAUAUAUGGAAUAUUACAAAAGGAUAUUGGAGAUGGAGCCUGGUGAUUUUGAGCAAUUCAGUAAGUUUAUCGAGAAGGAUCUUGCAUAUGCAUUUAGAAUCACAGCCACGCCAUUGGCUGACACAAUAAGAAGUAGGAUAGAAGAGUAUCCAUUUGUCCGGAAGAUAAAAUGUUUGGAGAAUGUCUAUGAGUUUCAUAAGAAAAAAGAGAAGGAUGAUGAGUAUAGAAGAUUUACAAAUUUUUUGAUCAACCAGACUGGUGUUGGAUUGAUCCAAAGACAAGAGAUUGUUAGCAUGAUACCUGUUUUACUAAUGGAAUUGAAGGAAGAUUCCAAGGUCAUCGACAUGUGUGCAGCUCCUGGAUCAAAAACCAAGCAAAUUCUUGAGGUUGUUACUAACGGGCUGGUGAUAGCCAACGAUGCCAAUGGAAAAAGACUAAAGGUGCUUGUGAGCGAGACUGCCAAGAGGCCAAACGGCUCAUUAAUAGUUACAAAGCAUGAUGCCACUGCAUUUCCAAAGAUAUAUGAAUGUGGAAGCCAAAUCAGAUUUGACCGUGUUUUCUGUGACGUAGUGUGCUCGAGUGAUGGAACUGUAAGAAAGAGUCCCGGGCUCCUUGAUGAAUGGAAAGUUUCCAGAAGUACAGGUCUGUUUGACACACAGCUCAAGAUUCUAAGAAGGGGAUGUAGUCUUGUUGCAGAAAGGGGGUUGGUAUCUUACUCCACAUGCUCUUUGAACCCUAUAGAGAAUGAAUGUGUAGUCCAAAAGAUCCUUCUUGAAGGGGAGUUCGAGCUAGUAGACUUCAGAAGCGAUCCUAGGCUCUCACUUUUUCCUGAGUAUGGAGAUGGAACGAAGAUCAUCUUCAGAGAAGGAUUGAAGAAAUGGGCAACAGAUAAUCAGGUAUUCAAAAAUCCAAGCUACCGACCUUCUGGCUUGGACCUAGGGCUGGAGAAAUGCAUCAGGCUGUACCCGCACGAUCAGGAUACCGGGGGAUUCUUCAUUGCAAUCCUUAAGAGAAAAGGUGGCUCUAAAGGGGAAACGAGCAAGAGAGAAGCAUCAGAAUCUUCCCUCAAACGCUUUAUGUUCUUUCCGAGCGAUGUUAAGAAUGAUAUCUUCGAGACUUAUUCAAUAUGUGUAGACGGGGAGUUAUAUAAAAAGACAGAAAAAAGUCGCACCAUAAGUCUUGUGACAAGUGUGGCAGCAAGGGUACUUAGUGAAAAUCCUGGACUUAAUGUUAUAAGUGCAGGCUACAGAAUCCUGGAGAAGUCCGGGCUAUCAAAUGCAGAGUUUUAUCUGAAAAACCUCUUUCAUAUUGGGGGGGGAUUCAAGUGUAGCCUUAGGAUUUCGACAGAGCAGUUCAAACUUCUACUGAAUGAAACAUUUGUCGAUAAUACUCUAUUGGGGUUUGAACACAUAGGAUUAGCUGUUGCUAGAAUAGAAGGAAUAGGUAUUACAUUAUGUGGGUAUGGGAGCCAUACCUCGUUUACCCUUUUCAUGAACAAUAACCUGAGAAAGGCAUUAAAAGACCUAGUUCUAUGA